AUGGGGCGCUGCCCCCGAUCUGGCCCCAGGGCGGGGACUGGCUGGCUCAGGGGCAGGCAAUGGAACCCACUAACCCCUGUCUCCCCAGUGCCCCCUGAGGUGACCGUGUUCUCCAAAGGCCCCGUGGAGCUGGGCGAGCCCAACAUCCUGAUCUGCUUCGUGGACAAGUUCUUCCCGCCGGUGCUCAGCGUGACGUGGCUGAAGAACGGGCAGGAGGUGACCGAGGGCGUCUCCGAGACCGACUUCUACCCCCGCCAGGACGACUCCUUCCGCAAGUUCUCCUACCUGCCCUUCCUCCCCAGCCAGGGCGACUUCUACGACUGCCGGGUGGAGCACUGGGGGCUGCCUGAGCCCUUCACGAAGCACUGGGAAGUCCAGGUGCCCACCCCCGUCCCCGAGACCACAGAGACCCUGGUGUGCGCCCUGGGCCUGGCCGUGGGCAUCAUCGGCAUCAUCGCAGGCACCAUCCUCAUCAUCAAGGGCAUGAAGAUGAACGCUGCCCGCAACCCGCGGGGCCCCUUGUGA